UGCAGUACUGUCUCUCGGUCGCGGCGGCUGCGGUUGGCUGCGGCGGCUGCGGUUGGCGGCAGCGGCAGCGGCGGCGGCGGCGCGGACGGAGGGUGGUCGGGCAGGAGUACGCGGCAGAGCGGGGCCGGCGCUCGUAGGCAGCCGAGCGGAUCUGGCCCACGGGCCAGCGCCGAAGGCCAGGCGGGUGCGGCCGGGGCGGCUCCGGACGAGGGCCGGGUCAGGGGGCGGCGGCGGGGGCGGCCGGCGGGCGCCGGGACCGGGACGAUGACUCUGGAGUCCAUGAUGGCGUGUUGCCUCAGCGAUGAGGUGAAGGAGUCCAAGCGGAUCAACGCCGAGAUCGAGAAGCAGCUGCGGCGGGACAAGCGCGACGCCCGGCGCGAGCUCAAGCUGCUGCUGCUCGGCACGGGCGAGAGCGGGAAGAGCACGUUCAUCAAGCAGAUGCGCAUCAUCCACGGGGCCGGCUACUCGGAGGAGGACAAGCGGGGCUUCACAAAGCUGGUCUACCAGAACAUCUUCACCGCCAUGCAGGCCAUGAUCCGGGCCAUGGAGACCCUGAAGAUCCUGUACAAGUACGAGCAGAACAAGGCCAACGCGCUCCUGAUCCGGGAAGUGGAUGUGGAGAAGGUGACGAUAUUCGAGCACCGGUACGUCAAUGCCAUCAAGACCCUGUGGAACGAUCCCGGCAUCCAGGAGUGCUACGACCGGAGGCGGGAGUACCAGCUCUCCGACUCUGCCAAAUACUACCUGACUGAUGUGGACCGCAUCGCCACCGUGGGCUACCUGCCCACCCAGCAGGACGUGCUGCGGGUCCGCGUGCCCACCACUGGCAUCAUCGAAUACCCUUUUGACCUAGAGAACAUCAUCUUCAGGAUGGUGGACGUGGGAGGACAGAGGUCCGAGAGGAGGAAGUGGAUCCACUGCUUUGAGAAUGUGACAUCCAUCAUGUUCCUUGUGGCCCUGAGUGAAUACGACCAAGUCCUGGUGGAGUCGGACAAUGAGAACCGCAUGGAGGAGAGCAAAGCCCUGUUCCGGACCAUCAUCACCUACCCCUGGUUCCAGAAUUCGUCUGUCAUCCUCUUUCUCAACAAGAAGGACCUGUUGGAGGAUAAGAUCUUGUACUCGCACCUGGUGGACUACUUCCCCGAGUUUGAUGGGCCACAGCGGGACGCACAGGCCGCCCGGGAGUUCAUCCUGAAGAUGUUCGUGGACCUGAACCCCGACAGUGACAAGAUCAUCUACUCGCACUUCACCUGCGCCACCGACACAGAGAAUAUCCGCUUUGUCUUCGCUGCUGUCAAGGACACCAUCCUGCAGCUCAACCUGAAGGAGUAUAACCUGGUGUGACCCCGGAGAGCUCCAGGACAGACCCUCCUGUGUGAUGAUGUGACAGCGGCUCUGCCGCGGAGGAGCUGAGUUUUUUCCUAUUUUUAACAAAUGUUUUUUAUUUCACAGCUAUCAGGGGAUGUACAUCUUUCUUUCUAUACACUUCGUGCACCUUCUCACCUUUUGUCAGUGGCACAGGCUGCCUUUUUCUGGCCUCAACUGUGGCUCGCCUUUUUCUAAAAAAAAAAGAAAAAAAAAAAAAAGAAAAAUAAGACAAGUGGAGAUGAGACACGCGAGUGCCCUGCCCCGGUGCCUCCAGGCCUCCCUCAGUCCCGGGCUGCACCUUCGGGCCACCGUGGGACAGCCACCAGCCAUCCCUGGUCCCUUGGACUGGCCAAUCCUCUGUCCUCCCUUGUGUUCUCAAUCACGGAAGGCGUGGAGAUACGGAGACUGUGACUUUUGUUUCUUCCUUUUUUUAAGUUAUUGACAUCGUCACGACUUUGCCAUGUUUUUGCUCACUGGACUCCAAGAAGUGGGGGGUGGGUGGUACCUCUGUUGCCCACCCUGGGAAGUGCCUAACCUUUUUUUUUUUUUUUUUUGAGGAAAAUAAAAAAGUAUGUUGUCUCCCCUGCAGUGGAGGAGAUGUCCCGAGCUGUGCCUCACAGCUUUGGGUGGCUGCAGACCCCACCACCCUUUGUGAGAGCCCUGGCAGCUUCAGGCGUUCUCUGGGCUGUGUCUCCAGGGCCGUCUGCUUGCCGGGAUCUCCCUGCACCUGCGGGUGGCGUGCCCACUGCCGACACCAGACAGCACCUGUGGGGAGCCUGUGUCAUAACCUGGCAGCCAGGAGAGGGCCCGCUUGGAUGGGAGUCGCUUUUGCUUCUGUUCUGUUUCAUAACCAAUUUGGAAACAGUGAUGGUGGGCUGGGGACUUUUUCAGAAUAUUCUCAGGUGUUUCCCCUGGAGGCAGAGAAGUUGAUGGAGCACCCUGCAGUGGUUCCUGUGUGUGGCGGCCACCACUGCUCAUACUGCUGACCCUCUGCACCAGGCCGCCGGGAAGUGAGCAGGCCUCAGGUGCCUUUUGCCUGGAGCCAUCCAGGGUCGUGGGGGAGCCAGCAGCUGGCACCUUGGCUCCGGUCGGCCUCCAGGCCACAGCCACGGCCAUGCACUGAGCCAGAGCCAUGGACUGGGUCCCCUCUCACGGCCUCUGAGGGCAGGAACAAGCAGGGCUGGGCUUUUGGGGGGAGGGAGGUGGCUUUCCAUUUGAUGUAGACUGAACACUAGUGUUUCGUUUUGGGUUUUUUGCACAACGUAGGGGGAAUGGACUGCCAGCGAUGCCUUGGCCCCACCCACUACACAUGGGCCCCACGGUAGCGGUCUGUGGGCUGCUCCUUUUGGGGCCACUAACAAAUACAAAAGAAACAACUGAAAAAUUAAUCCAACCCACCCAGACAGCCAGUCCUGGACUUCCGGCUCUCACUUCCUUUUCUCUGCCUCCCUCCAGCUUACCUGGUAUGGAGGCCCAGCCUGCUGGUGUCUGCAGGACAAAGCCAGGAGGGCCUUGCAGCGAUAGAGGGUAGGAGACGGGCAGAAGUUGGGUGCAGCUACAUUCCUGGGGAUCAGCCCCAUCUGAAUGAAGAAUGGGCUGGGGAUCCCUGGCUUCUCAGCCAGUUUUCCAAAAAGGGUCCUUUUUGUGCCAUGUAUCUGAGAGGGUUGAACCAUAACCCCCUAUUCAUAUCCUCAGUUGGAGCAGGUGGUGCUGCUGGCAGUGGGCCUGAGGGGACUUGGGGUCCUCGCAGGGUUGGUAUCUUGAUGUCCUAGCACCUCUCAAGGGCCCAGAUCACAAAAAGGGAACCGGAUUGGGUUCUGUAGGGUGGCGUGAGCAUGUAGGGGGGGGCACCCAAAGUAUUAACUUUUCCGCAAGAUGGGGCAGCGUGCCAAACAUCCCACAGCCCAAACCUGUCUGGAGUGCCAAACCACCCUGGCCCAGGCCUUCUGGAAGCCCAUGGGCCUGACCCCACCCCAGGAGCUGAGGGCAGUGCCACCCCUGUGCCCACUGGGUCUGAGACCUAUUCUGUGCCAGUGCCGACUGGGGUGGGAGGUCUUGGCCUGUCCCUGGCCCUCUGAGCUUGGUCACUUUUUUCCACUCCAAUGAACUCCCCUCCUAAUGCUUUCUCUCGCGUGCUGACCUCCCAGCUCCUCCCACUGUGUCAGGUUGCCCAGCAGUAUAGCCGAUGCCCCAGGUACCUGUCUCCCCGAGAGAGACAUCUUAGUGCCAAUGACUCCUGCGGUGGUGUGGGAACUGUGCCUGACAGCGGGGUGGACACUGUCUGGUUAUACUUGUAUAUUACACAGUCCUGAUUUCAGACGAUUUAAACCUUAACCUAUUUAAAACAUGAAUAUUAUAUAAAAACGCUGUUUUUAAAUCUUUUGUCAUUUGAAAUGCAUGUAUUGUCGAGUGCACUGGGGGGUGGGCGUGAUUAGCUCGAUGCCAGCCUCCUGUGGCUGAGGCCGUGUCAUCCAAGAGGGUGGGAUGGCAGGCUUUGAUCAGCGUGUUGGGGCCCUGACCCCUUAAUCCAGAGAUCCCUGAUGGAAAUUGACUUUUCAUAUCUUUCUCCUGAAUUGAAUUGUUUUAAAUUGGAAUAAAUUUCAUUCCUACA